AUGACAUCUGUACUAGAUCCUGCGACGAUUGGAAAGCCGAGUCGUCCUCGACAUGUGAGGACCCUAACACUCUACAUACCAGAGCAAGACGAAGACGGGAAGGACAAGUGGCCGAGAGGCGAGGAGGAGCUAUGGAGAGCCAAUCUGAGAAAGCCAGACACAGACGUACCUUCCAUCGCCCGGUCCUUUGUGAACCAUGUCCAAACGUCCCUCGCUCGCCAGCCUCACAACCUCAGCGACCUGGGUGCUUAUCUUGCAACCGGAUUGUCGGUUCGAGAUAAUCUGCUGCUCAACUGGAAUGAGACGCAAAUGCACAUGAACCGGGUUGCCGGAAAACGCGCGUAUUACCUCUCCCUCGAGUUCCUCAUGGGACGCACUCUGGACAAUGCUCUCCUUAAUCUUGGUCUGAAAGAUCAAUACAGGGAAUCCAUCGACAGACUAGGUUUCAACUUGGAGGACCUCAUCGACCAGGAACGUGAUGCAGGCUUAGGGAACGGUGGCCUUGGACGUCUCGCGGCAUGUUACCUCGAUUCAUCUUCAACCCAAGAACUUCCGGUGUGGGGAUACGGUCUGCGUUACAAGUAUGGUAUCUUCCAGCAGCUCAUUUCGCCCGAUGGUCAACAGCUCGAGGCUCCCGAUCCGUGGUUAGAGCACCUGAAUCCGUGGGAGGUUUCUCGUGCAGACGUGCAGUAUGAGAUCCGGUUUUACGGAGAGGCUCAGAAGUACGUUAAUGGCACUGCCCGGGGUGUCUGGUAUGGUGGUCAAGAAGUCUUGGCGGUCGCGUACGACGUAACGAUCCCGGGCUAUGAUACUCGCAACACGAACAAUCUGCGUUUAUGGGCGAGCAAGCCAAAGCGGGGCUUCGAUUUACAAAGUUUUAACGCCGGGGAUUACGAGCAUGCCAUCGAAUCUUCGAAUAGUGCCGCUGCGAUCACCUCCGUCUUAUAUCCUAACGACCAAACGACGUUCGGCAAGGAGUUGCGCCUUAAACAGCAGUACUUUUGGACAGCAGCUAGUCUUGCAGACAUCAUGCGGCGUUUUAGGAACCUCGGAAAACCAAUGAUUGAACUACCGGAUUAUAUCGCGAUCCAGUUGAAUGAUACUCAUCCUACGCUUGCUAUCCCUGAGCUCAUGCGCAUAUUGGUCGACGAAGAAGACUUGCCAUGGGAUGUGGCAUGGUAUAUCGUUACCAACACUUUCUUCUUCACCAAUCAUACAGUCCUCCCGGAAGCCUUGGAAAAAUGGCCAGUCCCCUUGAUGGAACAUCUUUUGCCCAGGUAUUGCGCGAUUAUCAUCACUCCACUAUCCAUCUCCUCCGUGGAGCACAAGUUCCCUGGAGACCGCGAUCGGCUUGCUAGGAUGUCUCUCAUCGAAGAGAACCACCCCAAGUACGUCCGUAUGGCACACCUUGCGUGCAUUGGUGAUCGCAAGAUCAAUGGCGUGGCCGAGGCAAGUCUUCAUUCCGAGUUAGUGAGGACAACCAUCUUCAAAGACUUUCUGGACUUCUUCGGAGUGAGCAAGUUCGGUAAUGUCACUAACGGCAUCACACCGCGUCGUUGGCUCGCACAGUGCAACCCAGACCUUACCGACCUCAUCACCAAGACGAUAAAUAUACCGAAGAAUAUCUGGUUGAAAGAUUUGGGUCAGCUCGAGGAACUACUGAAGUAUGUCGAAGACGAGGAUUUCCUCGAGGAGUGGGCUGCUGUGAAACAAGCCAACAAGGAGCGGCUGGCACAUUAUAUGCGGGUUACGCUCAGCUUGAACGUCAACACUAAGGCUAUGUUUGAUGUGCAAAUCAAGCGGUUGCAUGAGUACAAGCGUCAAACACUCAAUAUUCUUGGUGUAGUGCAUCGUUAUCUAACGCUGAAAGCCAUGUCACCGUCGGAAAGGAAAAAGUUGACGCCUCGAAACGUCUUCUUCGCUGGAAAGGCAGCACCGGGGUAUGAAAUUGCAAAACUGACGAUUCGGCUCAUCGUCAACGUUGCUCGUGUCGUCAACGCUGACCCCGAUACCAAGGACUAUCUCAACGUCUUUUUCCUUCCAGACUACUCUGUAACAAUGGCAGAAAUAUUGAUUCCCGCGUCGGAUAUCAGUCAGCACAUCUCGACUGCUGGUACGGAGGCAUCCGGGACGUCGAACAUGAAGUUCUGCCUGAAUGGGGGUCUUCUUCUCGGCACCGUUGAUGGCGCAAACAUUGAGAUCGCAGAGGAAGUGGGCAGCGAGAACGUCUUUUUCUUUGGACACCUGACGCCUGCCGUGGAAGAACUUCGUUACCAACACAAGCAUCAUCCUGUUCCGGUUGAAGAAAAGUCACGAAAUUUGGCCAAAGUACUGGACCAGAUCUCAUCAGGGCUUUUCGGAGAUGAGGGUGUGUACGAGCCCCUUCUAAACACCAUCCGACAGCUAGAUUACUACCUUAUCACCGAUGAUUUCGACUCCUACAUAGAAGCUCUACAAAUGAUUGACAAUGCUUACAACGACCGUACGGAAUGGAUCAAGAAAAGCAUCAGGACAACGGCCAAGAUGGGCAAGUUCAGCUCUGAUAGGGCGAUCCAGGACUAUGCGCAGGAAUACUGGAACAUCGAGAGUACCAAAGUCGAGUGA